AUGGGAACUACUGCACGAACUCAAAACGAGGGCGUCCGUGGCCGGAGGAAGUCAUCGUCGAGAGGGCACCACAGGUUUGUGGGAGUGAGGCAGAGGCCGUCGGGAAGAUGGGUGGCGGAGAUCAAAGACUCGUUGCAAAAGGUCAGGCUUUGGCUCGGGACUUUCGACACUGCUGAGGAUGCUGCUAGGGCUUAUGAUGAAGCCGCACGAACGUUGCGCGGCCCAAACGCCCGCACUAACUUCGAACUUCCUAUGUCGAGUAAUGGUGCGGGCGUGGGAGGUUCGGAAAAUAUGGAACCGUUUUCGUUCGAGACUGAUUGUGACAAUGGAGCUGAAGCAGAUGGGUUGCGUGGUGCGCUCAAGGCUAAGUUGCUUGAUGGCAAGGGACUUGGUCGGGUGCAUGAGAAGAUUGAUCCGUGUCCUCCUGUUGUGCCACGUGGCGGUGGGGUUGGAUUUGCGAACCCUCCUAUUCAGCAGGGUUCAUAUGUAGCAGGGUCCUCAGAACAAAAAAGUGUUGCUCAAAAUGAGUGUAUACAACUUCUCUCUCACAAAAAUGAUCGCGUGACCGGCGAUGAACUUAGGUUUGAUGUCCGAGAUCAGACAGAGGCGACUGCGGCCGGUCACGCUGCGUUGAACCCGGGAAUGGUGUGGAGCAAUGAAUCUCCGGCAUAUGAAGUGCCUUGGUCCAACACACUGCCUAUGUCUACAUGGCCUGUAUCGACUGAUCAUCAGCAGUCAAUUGUGAAUAUGUCAUAUACAGAUCAGUGUCCGAUGGAGUUGCCAACAACGAGUAGAGAUCACGGUAAAGUGACCGUAACGCAGCAAAUGUCACAGAUUGAAGGAGGCAUGGAAGGUGGUGGUGCUUGGCCUGCAGAGCAGCAGUACUUGCAGUUCGAAAACAGUUGGGCAGCUGCUGCUGCUAAUGGCACUUGGGAAUCCCCAGGCCCCUUCUAUCACCCUUCUGUGUCUUGA